CCGCGCCGUGCAGCGGCCGCCGCGCCCGCGUCCCUCCGCCGCGUUCCGCGGCUCCCGGCGGGCAGGGCAGGGCAGGGCAGGGGAACGGAACCGCGCCGCCCAUGUGCCCUGCGCCACCGGGCUGACUCCGCACACAAAGGCGGGCCGGGAGGCGACGGGCCGCGCCUGGCAGCGCCGCCCAUGCCCCGCGCGCAGCCCCCCGGCCCCGGGCCAUGAGGGCGGCGUAGCUCCGGCACCGCCGCGCUCGGCCCGGCCCGGCCCGGCCCGGCGGCAGCCGCGAACCGGCGGGGCCGCGGUAUGGCGGGAGCUGGCGGCGCCCCCUGCCGGGCGGGCGGAAGGCUGCGGGCGGGCAGGACCCCCCGCCCGUCGCUGCUGGUGCUACUGGUGCUGCUGGGGGGGGCGGCGGCGGCGGGCGAGGAGAUCAACGCAGAGGCAUGGCUGCGGCUCUACGGCUACCUGCCGCAGCCCAGCCGGCAGAUGUCCACCAUGCGCUCGGCUCAGGCCUUCUCCUCAGCCCUUGCCGAGAUGCAGAAGUUUUACGGCAUCGCGGUCACCGGGGUCCUGGAUGAGGAGACCAAGGCGUGGAUGAAACGUCCUCGCUGCGGGGUCCCGGACCAGUUUGGGGCACGGAUGAAGUCCAACAUGCGGCGGAAGCGGUACGCGCUGACAGGGCGGCGCUGGAGCCAGAGCCAUCUCACCUUCAGCAUCCAAAACUACACGGAGAAGCUGGGUCGGUACCACUCAUACGAGGCCGUCCGUCGAGCUUUCCGGGUGUGGGAGCAAGCCACGCCGCUGGCUUUCCGGGAGGUGCCCUACGAGGACAUCCAGCAGAAGCGGAAGAAGGAAGCCGACAUCAUGGUGCUCUUCGCCUCCGGCUUCCACGGAGACAGCUCUCCCUUCGACGGUGUCGGGGGAUUUUUGGCUCAUGCCUAUUUUCCCGGUCCUGGCAUGGGGGGGGACACCCAUUUUGACUCGGAUGAGCCCUGGACACUGGAGAACACAGACGUGUCUGGGAACAACCUUUUCUUGGUGGCUGUGCACGAGCUGGGGCACUCGCUGGGCCUGGAGCACUCCAGCAAUCCCAGCGCUAUCAUGGCCCCCUUCUACCAGUGGAUGGACACGGAGAAUUUCCAGCUGCCUGAGGACGACCUCAAGGGCAUCCAGCAGCUGUAUGGUACCGUGGACGGGCACCCUCAGCCCACCAAGCCUUUGCCCACCAUGACGCCUCGGAGACCUGGCAGGCCAGACCAGAGACCCCCUAAACCACGCCCCCCAGGGAAACCGGAGCGACCCCCCAAACCUGGCAGCCCAGACCGACCUGACCAGUACGGCCCUGACAUCUGCGACGGGAACUUCGACACGGUGGCAGUGCUGCGUGGGGAGAUGUUUGUGUUCAAGGGCCGGUGGUUCUGGAGGGUUCGGCACAACCGGGUGCUGGACAACUACCCCAUGCCCAUCGGGCACUUCUGGCGGGGCCUCCCUGGGGACAUCGAUGCCGCCUAUGAGAGGCAUGACGGGAGGUUCGUCUUCUUUAAAGGUGACCGGUACUGGCUCUUCCGAGAAGCCAACCUGGAGCCCGGGUACCCACAGCCCCUGGUCACCUAUGGGCAGGGCAUCCCCUACGACAGCAUUGACACGGCUGUCUGGUGGGAACCCACAGGGCACACCUUCUUCUUCCGUGGGGACAGAUACUGGCGCUUUAACGAAGACACUCGCUCGGUGGACCCCGGGUACCCAAAGCCCAUCUCGGUCUGGGUGGGCAUCCCUCCCUCACCCAAGGGUGCCUUCCUCAGCCCGGAUGCCUCCUCCACCUACUUCUACAGAGGCACGAAGUACUGGAAAUUUGACAAUGAGCGGCUCAGGACGGAGCCGGGUUAUCCCAAAUCCAUCCUACGGGACUUCAUGGGCUGUCACACAGAGCUGGUCCCGGACCCCCCUCCCCGCUGGCCUGAUGGAGACCGACCCCCCUUCAACCCCGACGGGGAUGGGCGGACCGAAGGCAAGGAAGAAGAGGAGGAGGAGGAAGAGGAAGAGGAAGACGAGGAGGAUUACGGCGAGGGUGACCACCAGCCAGGCGGGGAUGUGGACGUGGUGGUGCAGAUCGACGAGUACACGCGCACCAUGAGCGUCGUCAUGGUGCUGGUGCUGCUGGUGCUGCUGCUCUGCAUCCUUGGCCUCAUCUAUGUCAUUGUGCAGAUGCAGAGGAAGGGCGCGCCCCGAAUGCUCUUGUACUGCAAGCGCUCCUUGCAGGAGUGGGUCUGACCCUGGCUCCCUCCCCCCCCCCCCCGCCCCCACCACCAUGGUGCUAACGAUGGACCUGACCUGUCCCCCCCUGCAGCCUCGGCCCCUCUGCCCCCCCUGUUGCUUGAUGGCUGCAGCCUCAGAAAAGGGGGAUGCCCACCCUCCCCAGCCCCUCCAGAGCAGCCAGGCUGGCGCUGGGGGAUGGUCACGGGUGGGCUGGAAAGCAUCCAGGUCCUGCCUGCUCCCUCACAGCCGUCCCCCAACCCUGGCCACGACCCUGGGGGUGCCACCCAUCAUGUCGCACCCCCCCUCUGCCCCAGGGUCCCAGCGGGAUUCCCGCCUCUUGCGCGCCCCCACUGCGGGUGUGCUGAGCGGGUCGGGGGCUGCUCACCAGUGCCGUGAGCUGGCAGGUCUCAGCUGCCGGCACCUGCGAUGGCGGGGGGGGGGGGGGGGGGGGGCUGUGGGGGAAGGGAGGGCUGAGCUCAUGGUUUCCCGUUGAACCGCAGGGAGACGGGGUGGUGGUCCCUAAAGAGAGCAUGGGGGGGGGAACACACCACCUCUGCAGCCAGACGCUGCUGCCGAGGGGCACGAGGCCGUGGGCCUGGGGGCAGCAGGCUGGGCCGCCUCGUAUGUGUAUUAAACGGGUCGGGUGCGUGGA